AUGAGUUCCUUGGUAAUGAACACAGUAGGAGAUGGCAACAGCGCAAGCUUUGACAUCAUCCAAAAUCGGAUUGAGUCACUGAGCAGCAAGAUGGACAAGCUCAUCAACAUUCAAGAGAAGGUCCUCAACCGACUAGAAGGGAUGUCUCAGGACAUUGACGGCAUUGAAAAGGAUAUGGAGAAUCUGAAGGUUGACAAGGAGGAGAUCCAUCUUCCACCCAGGAUGGUGAACCAGACGCAGGUCAUGGGUGGAGAGGUGAAGGAGAUAUGUCAGGAGAUGACCACCAUAAUGUCGGCAGUGAACCAGCGGUCCGAGCAGCAGGCUCAGAAGCUCGAAGGGAUGGAAAAACUGGUCCUCAGCAUGCAGCAGGUGAUCAGCUUCAUUGGGGAGACGGUGAAGAGUUCCAGGGUUAUGGAGUUGGUGUUCAAAGGCCCUGCAGCUCGGAAGGGCUCCAAGCUCAAAGACAAUAAAGGAAAACAAGCAACUAAGAGGAAAUCUUCUACAGACACAAUUAACAAGAAGCUUGACAAGAAACCUACCUCUAAUAAAGCCAGUAAAGGGAAUCUGGAGAUAAUUCCUGCAUGUGAGCCCAGUUCUCCACAGCGUUCUAACAAGAUAAAGCUCCAAGGACCAAAGAAUUUCCUCUCCUCUCGCAAAUGUGGAAACUUUUUGAAGGACCACAAAGGUAAAGAUGGGACAGAUAAGCCCUGUUUGAGCCCCAAGGGUCUGAAAGCUCAAAAGAAGAUGAAGCCCCCAGACACAGCAGAAAAUAUCUCCUUGAAGAAGCAGGUGUUGCUCCUUGAAGAGGUGCAGAAACUCAACCGGGACAAUGCAGAGAAAUCAAGUCACCAUCUCACCCCUGGACAUCUGGAUCUGGAGGCUGGAGUGUCCCCUAAAGAUCAAAAGCCUGAUGCCCCCGCUUGCUACCUGUACCUGCGUGAGGACUCCCAUGUGGCUGUGCCUGAGAAAUGUGAGGUUGUCGAGGCGGUUAGUGAGCAGGAGGUUGGGGAAAAGGUGCAUGAGGCGGAGGUUAGAGAAAAGGAACCCAAGCUUGAUGUGGAGAAAGAGAAAGAGGAAGAGAAUCUCUUUGUCCCAGAGGAAAAGAAGGAAGAGGUUGACUCUCCUGCUGAAGAAACCAAACCCUCAGAGUCCCCUGCUGCCCAUGACGAUGAAAAAGAACCGACUACAAGCGAUGACCAAAAAGAUGCCUCCCCAUCUCCAGAGGCUGAGCAGGACAGGAUAUCAGAAGCCAGCUGCACAAGUUCCAAGUCCUUUGUGGCUAAUGAACACUUUGUAGUGGAGGAACACGUAAAGAGCCAGGUGGUGAAGGAGGAGGUUGAAGAGGAGGAGAAGAAGGUAGACAACAAGGAGGACGAACAAAGGCUUGAUUCUGAGGGCUGGGCUGUCUUCAGGGCUGACGGAGUUGAAUUCCAGUUAGACCUAAAGCAAAGGAUGAAAAGAUCGAGAAAGGACAACGAUGUAGAAAAUGAUGCAGAAGAGGUGGAUGAUGAAGAUAUAGAGCGGUACUUUAUUGACAACACUCCUCCUCCGGUGGCUCCUUUCAAUCACCGCAUCGUUUCUGCCAAGCCCAACCAGAUCAUCAACUUCUACACCAUCAACUGGCAGGAGGUCCUGGGCGGGGGUCGUUUUGGCCAGGUGCACAAAUGUGUUGAAAACUCUUCCGGUCUCACUUUGGCAGCGAAGGUCAUCAAAGCCAGGAACCAGAAAGAAAAGGAGGUGGUGAAGAAUGAGAUCCAGGUCAUGAAUAAUCUGGACCAUGCCAACCUGAUCCAGCUCUAUGCAGCUUAUGAGUCAAGGAAUGACAUCAUCCUUGUACUUGAAUAUGUUGGUGGAGGGGAGCUGUUUGACAGGAUCAUUGAUGAAAACUACACUUUAAUGGAGCUGGACGCUGUGUUGUUCAUCAGGCAGAUUUGCGAGGGCCUGCAGCAUAUGCACAAAAUGUACAUCCUACACCUGGACUUAAAGCCAGAAAACAUCCUGUGUGUGAGCAGAGUCACAAAUAAGAUCAAAAUCAUCGACUUUGGUCUUGCUAGGAUAUAUAAACCGCGGGAGAAACUGCGAGUGAAUUUUGGCACGCCAGAGUUUCUUGCUCCAGAAGUCAUCAACUACGACUUUGUGUCGUUCAACACAGACAUGUGGAGCCUCGGGGUCAUCACCUACAUGCUCCUGAGUGGUCUCUGCCCCUUCCUUGGUGACAAUGACAAUGAGACUCUGAAUAACAUCUUGGCCUGUAAGUGGAACUUUGAGGAACAAGAGUUUGUAGAUACGUCUGAAGAAGCCAAAGACUUCAUCUCCAGACUCCUUAUGGUGAAUAAAAGUUGGAGGAUGGGGGCAUCUGAGGCCUUAAGACAUCCGUGGCUAUCUGACCCAGUCCUUCAUCAUCGCCUUCACACAAAGAAAACUAUGUGCAGAUCACGACGAUCAUCAUGUGUGCCCACAACUGAUAGUUGAGGGCUGCCAUAAUGUGAUGGCUCCAGCUGUGGCCACUUGGACCAACCCCCCUGUCCAUGUAAAUUACCAAAUUUCAGUCCAUGCACCUGUGGAAUGGGAAAUUCUGGCCACCCCACAAACCUUUUCCUGACAUGUGAUCCACUGUGUUGUAUUAACGCAAGCAAUAUACAAAAAAGAAUAUACAGACAAAAACAGA